AUGUACUAUGACUCUGCGUGCAGGAAACAACUUUGUUCAGAACCGAACGAUCUCCAUGAACGUUUUCUUAGAAUAAACAAAGGACUGGACAUUAGAAGCAUUCUAAUGGCAGACCACCAAUAUAACAAUACCCAGGACAUUUAUCAAUUACAGUUCCUCAGCAAGGCGCAUGACAUAAGUAGAAAAUGUCCAUCAACGACUUUAAAGGGAGAUUACCCUGUCAUGUUCCGGUCAACAUGUCCAUGGUUCCUGGAUACUGAUACCAAUAAACAUAGAUACCCGAAAGAUAUUAUAUUUGCAAAUACAAGAUGCAACAGAGGAUGCAUAGGUGGCAAGAAAGGACAAGUCUGUGAGAAAAUUCAAGUUCCAAUUAAAGUGUUAGAGCAGACGUGUUGCAAACAUCACAAAUUCCAAUAUGAGGAAGUAGAAAUACUCCUUCCUGUCGCGUAUACAUGUACUCAGUUAAAAGAAACAACUCGAAGUAUAGAAAUUAUGUCUCAUGGAACAGACAUUCCAAUUGCCUUAUGA